AUGUACCAUCCUCGUCAAAACCAGAAGAAUUCGCAGCGCAAGAAAAAGAAAACAGGCAUCAAAUUAAAUGCGGAGGACAAUUACGAAGAAGUGGAUGCUAUCAUCAAUCAUACUCAAGACUCAGAUGCAGAAAACUCAAAGGUCCAGAAACCAACCAAGAAGAAAACAUCUCCAUUUGAUACGAUCCGAGAUUACUUCAAGGCCCCAUUUCAUGCCAAACCAACUGAUACAGUCAUGUUUCCCAGUCACUACAAGUAUGCCCACGAUUUAAUCCCCGGACUCUUCAACACCAGGAAAGCUCAAGUUAUUGCGGCUUCUUCAACCUCGCUGGAGGAACACACCACACCCGUCGGAAAUAAAUCUAAAUCAAGCAACAUGAAUUGA